AGAAGGUCGGUCCUCGUAGCUCCUGCACAUAUUCCAGCGCUUGUGUGUGUGGUUUUUUUGUUUUUUUCGGUGGGCUGAUUUUGUGACGCGUCCCAGUCGCUUGUCAGGAGCCCCCCAACCACCCCGGCGCCCGCCAACCAUCCCCCAUUCGUCGCGAUCGCGAGAAAGUUCGGUGAGCAGAAACGGAAACAGUGAAACAAAAGAAAAACAAAACCAAAAAAAACAACAAAGUACCCACCCAUCUCUGCGCGCGCACAUACAAACGCACGCCCACAAACGGCAGCAAACAAAACCCCAAGCUCUUCUUCCCCAGCGAUGUCGGACGAAGGCCAGGAUAAUGGAGCCAGCCGGAAUGGCGGUUCGGUGCCAGAAAUAGAGCUGAUAAUUAAGGCAUCGACCAUCGACGGCAGACGGAAGGGAGCGUGCCUGUUUUGCCAGGAGUACUUCAUGGAUCUCUAUCUGUUGGCGGAGCUGAAGACGAUCAGCUUGAAGGUGACGACAGUGUGCAUGCAAAAACCUCCGCCAGAUUUUCGCACCAACUUCGAGGCCACACAUCCACCGAUUCUCAUAGAUAAUGGGCUCGCCAUACUGGAGAACGAGAAGAUCGAACGGCACAUCAUGAAAUCGGUGCCCGGUGGGUACAAUCUAUUCGUACAGGACAAAGAGGUGGCCACGUUGAUUGAAAAUCUGUACUCGAAGCUGAAGCUGAUGCUGGUGAAAAAGGACGAGAACAAGAACAACGCGCUGCUGGUGCAUUUGAAAAAGAUCAACGAUCAUCUGGCGGCUAGAGGCACGCGUUUCCUAACCGGCGAUACGAUGUGUUGCUUCGAUUGCGAGCUAAUGCCACGCCUGCAGCACAUCAGAGUGGCCGGGAAAUAUUUCGUCGACUUCGAUAUACCAAAACACUUAACGGCGUUGUGGCGGUACAUGUAUCACAUGUACCAAUUAGAUGCCUUCACACAAUCCUGUCCUGCCGACCAGGAUAUCAUCAACCACUACAAACUGCAGCAGGCAAAAGGUGACAUUAAGAUGUUGAAAAUGAAAAAGCACGAGGAGCUGGAGACGCCAACAUUCACCACAUCGAUCCCGGUAGACUUGAAUGAGCAGUAAAGUUGGGCAACAAUCUUAAAGAAGAAUCAACAAAAAAACACCACAAGCAUGUGUAGUAUGGAAGGGGUUAGGCAUUAUGAAUAGUUUUAGACGAUUGAUUCCAAAGUCUAAUCUACAAGCAAUGCACUUGUUGGGUCAAUUUGAAUCACAGCAUCGAGGCGGAACGGUCCUUAACAUAUGUUACGAAAAUUCCGUUUGUUUUUUUUAAUUACGUUUUUCUAGAACUUUUGGAUUUGAACGUACAGAACUUUAUAAAAUUAGCAUUUGUCCGCCUUUUAUGCCUCCUUUGCCUUGAUACAACUUCCAGUGCUUCAAAAUGGAAUCAAAAUGAAUUAAUGAACCUUGAAUUUUAGUCGCUUGCAUAUUUUUGUCAUGUAUUCAAAAUAUAUUAGAUAGGAAUUACCACGGUUUUAGCAAAAAAUUUGCUAUGCGUCCAAAACCGCUAUGAAAUAUUAUAUGAAAUAUACAUGCGAUCAAACAAGACGUAGCCUUGAAAAAAAAACAAAACUUUUUUAAAACGCUAACAACGAAUCGACCAGUUUUCUAAUAAAAACGAAAA